UGCAAGAAUGUGUCACUCACAGGAGCUCAGUGAAUUCAAGCGUGGUACCGUGAUAGGUUGCCACCUGUGCAAUAAGUCCAUCCGUGAAAUUUCCUUGCUACUAAAUAUUCCACGGUCAACUGUUAGUGGUAUUAUAACAAAGUGGAAGCAACUGGGAACAACAGCAACUCAGCCAUGAAGUGGUAGGCCACAUAAAAUGACAGAGCAGGGUCAGCGUAUGCUGAAGUGUAUAGUGCGUAGAAGUCACCAACUGUCUGCAGAGUCAAUAUCUAAAGACCUCCAAAUUUCGUGUGGCCUUCAGAUUUGCACAACAUGUGCGUAGAGAGCUUCAUGGAAUUGGUUUCCAUGGCCGA